AUGUCGCGACGCACACGAUCAACCCUCAAGGCAGAACUGCGGAAGGAAGACAAGUCUUCUCCGAGCCCAUCUGCUUCUGAACCUUCACCAGCAAAGCCCACUGGGCCUACACCUCUCCUCCUCCCAGAUCAAACUGCUUGGCAAGACUGGCUGCAGGGUUCCCACCGCGAGUCUCCAGGCGUAUGGCUACAAAUUGCCAAGAAAAACGCAGAGAAGCCGUCGGUAACCUAUGAGGAGGCCCUCGAAGUGGCCCUGUGCUUCGGCUGGAUCGACGGGCAGCGCAAAACCUUCGACGAGCAGCACUUUAUCCAGAGGUUCACCCCGCGCAGGAAGAACAGCCUGUGGUCGAAGCGCAACGUCGACAAAGUCAUGAUGUUGACCCAGUCGCAGCGGAUGACGCCCGCUGGCCAGGCCGAGGUGAACGCUGCCAAGGCAGAUGGUCGGUGGGAUCGAGCGUACUCCUCAGCGAGCGUCGUGGAGGUGCCGGUGGAUUUUGAAGAGGCGUUGAAGGAGAACGAUGAGGCGAAGAAGUACUUCGAUGCGUUGAACAAGACCCAGCGAUACGUGUUUCUGUGGCGCAUCGAGACGACGAGGCGGCCAGAAACUCGCAAACGGAAGAUUGAGGAGUUUGUGGAUCUCCUUGCAGAGCACAAGCUUUUACAUUAA